UGAAUCCCCAGACAACAAAAAAUGGAUCCUUUCAAACAAGACUCUUAUUUAAACUCAUGAUCAGCACGAUGAUCUCCCUUUCCUUACCACAGUUCAGUGAUUAAGCCUGUGCUACUCCGUACAAGACCAGCAUAAUGCGCCUCAUACACGCUCUAGCAAUACUCUCGCUCUUCUCAAAGACCUCGCUCGCAGAGAAUCAUCAUCACGAAGGUGCACGGAUCCAGCAACGCGAUGCCGGCGAGAAAGCGAUCCGCGGCGUGAGGAAGAUGAGCAGUGACGAGGGCGAGAAGUUCUUCCCGGAUUAUUGGUCUUAUGAUGGCUCUGAUGGAUUAUCGAUGGGCAAUCACACCGACACCAACGAUGAUGACAAUCUCCAACCAAGAUCCUACCCGUACCAACCAGCCUCUAUCAACCUAGCACAAGGCCUCUCCCUCUUCCAACGAGACUUCCAAUGUCCAGCUGGCACCACCGGGUGCACAUCCAUCGACCGCCCGAGCAGCUGCUGCACAACCGGAGAUACCUGCGAGUUAGUCCAAGAUACCGGGUCUGGAGAUGUGGGAUGUUGUCCGCAGGGAAAAACGUGCUCUGGGGUGAUUGGGUCUUGUCAGUCGGGGUAUACAGCCUGUCCGGCGAAGCUGGGAGGGGGUUGUUGUAUUCCGGGAUAUGAGUGUGUUGAUGGUGGCUGUGCCUACGUAUCCACUGUGACGGUUACUCUCCAUUCGACGGUGUUUGUGUCUACGAAGACGUAUACGACCCCUCCAUCUAGCUACGUCCCUAGCAGUACAAACACCGCCAGCAAGACAAGUUCCGACGACCUCGUCCCCCCGGCCCGACCAACCAGUCUCUCAACAGCCACAACCUCCAAAUCAUCCAGCGAAACAGGCUCAAUCUGCCCGAUCGGAUUCUACGCCUGCUCAGCCGUAUAUCAAGGCGGAUGCUGUCGCACUGGUCGCGACUGCGAUACAACCUCCUGCCCAACGAUAUCCUCGACGGCCGUCGUGUCCAACAACGACGAGACUAUCGUGGCGCCGGCUGUCAGCACGAGCACUGCGACAUGUGCGGGUGGGUGGUUUGGCUGUGAUGAGAGUAUGGGCGGGGGAUGUUGUCCGACGGGUUUCGCGUGUGGUUCAGCUAGUUGUACUGCUUCUGCUGGAGGGAGUGUAACUGCGACGGGGACUGUUGCGAAAGAGACUAGUGGUGUUAGCGGGAGGUCCUUGGACAGGAGGAUGCUGUUGAUUGUAGCAGUUAUUUUAGUGUUGGCGCUCUCAUGAUGAUGGUUGUAUGUCCAUCAAAUUCAUUGAAUGAAUAUAGUCAUCUGUAUACUCUGUAAUAUGUACUCCGGAAAAUGGCCUGUUUGUAUACUGCCCACUUCGGUAAGUCUC